AUGGAAAAGACAUACUUAAAAUGUGCCAGGGGUCAUGGACAAGGUACAUGUGGAGGUGGCGGAAAACAUAAAGGCAAUACCGAAGACCGUAAAAAUACAGAAAGGCCCGAUAAGAAUGAUAAAGAUGGCAACGGCAAAAACCGUAAAAAUACAGAAAGGCGCCAUAACAAUGAUAAAGAUGGCAAUGGCGAAGGCCAUAAAAAUACAGAAAGGCGCGAUCACAAUGAUAAAGAUGGUAGUGACGAAGGCCGUAAAAAUACAGAAAGGCGCCAUAACAAUGACAAAGUUGGCAAUGGCGAAGACCGUAAAAAUACAGAAAGGCGCGAUCACAAUGAUAAAGAUGGCAAUGGCGAAGACCGUAAAAAUACAGAAAGGCACGAUAACAAUGAUAAAGAUGGUAAUGGUGAAGACCGUAAAAAUACAGAAAGGCGCAACAACAAUGAUAAAGAUGGUAAUGGUGAAGAUCGUAAAAAUACAGAAAGGCGCAAUCAUAAUGAUAAAGAUGGUAAUGGUGAAGACCGUAAAAAUACAGAAAGGCGCGAUCACAAUGAUAAAGAUGGCAAUGGCGAGGACCGUAAAAAUACAGAAAGGCGCGAUCACAAUGAUAAAGAUGGCAACGGCGAAGACCGUAAAAAUACAGAAAGGCGCGAUAACAAUGAUAAAGAUGGCAAUGGCGAAGACCGUAAAAAUACAGAAAGGCGCCAUAACAAUGAUAAAGAUGGCAAUGGCGAAGACCGUAAAAAUACAGAAAGGCGCGAUCACAAUGAUAAAGAUGGCAAUGGCGAAGGCCAUAAAAAUACAGAAAGGCGCGAUCACAAUGAUAAAGAUGGCAAUGGCGAAGGCCAUAAAAAUACAGAAAGGCGCCAUAACAAUGAUAAAGACGGCAAUGGAGAAGGACAUAAAAAUACAGAAAGGCGCGAUCACAAUGAUAAAGAUGGUAGUGAGGAAGGCCGUAAAAAUACGGAAAGACGCGAUCACAAUGAUAAAGAUUGUAAUGGCAAAGACCGUAAAAAUACAGAAAGGCGCCAUAACAAUGAUAAAGAUGGCAAUGGCGAAGACCGUAAAAAUACAAAAAGGCGCGAUCACAAUGAUAAAGAUGGCAAUGGCGAAGACCGUAAAAAUACAGAAAGGCGCGAUAAGAAUGAUAAAGAUGGCAAUGGCGAAGACCGUAAAAAUACAGAAAGGCGCGAUCACAAUGAUAAAGAUGGCAAUGGCGAAGACCGUAAAAAUACAGAAAGGCGCGAUAACAAUGAUAAAGAUGGCAAUGGCAAAGACCAUACAAAUCACAAUGAUAAAGAUGGUAAUGUUGCAGAUAAAGAAUAG